AUGUCGGUGUUAGACGAAUGCAGGCGAAACUUCAAGCUAGAGCUGCGACACUUUGUUGGCCUUCAAUACACUGCCGCAGACCCUGUCGACAUUCAACGGCAGCGCGGGCGACUGCGACAGCUGCUCACAGAUGUGCGAUCUGGCGCUAUCGCGAUGAGUUCUGCGGGGGUCCUCCCCUCCGUUACCACCGCCGCCUCCCUGCCAGUUUCAGUUGUUGAGCAUAAACGACAGCCAGGGAAAGAGGUGGAAAAGCGUGCGGCCGCGAGGUCAGAGUCGGUUUCCUCCACGCUGAUCAAACCCAUGAUGCCAUCAAACGCUACAAUGGCCGCCACGGGCGGCUCUGAGCGUCGGGGGGUGCCACCGGCGCAAUCGUCCCGUCGUGAGCCCACAGUAGAUCUUGAUGUUGUUGCGGUGUUCGCUGAGGAGUGCCUCGCGGCGGCGCAGUACCUGCUGUCAAGGGGGGCAUACAAGGACGUGAUAGACAUAUGCCUGGAUCCGCUGGAGAAGGACGUGCGAGAGGUAUUGCGUGGGGCUGCUGCGAAGGUUGAGGCAGCGCGGGUUGCAGCACGGGCAAAGUCUGCUGGAGAGCCUGGCGCUGAGAAGAGUGAGGUGCGAUUGCAGGAGACGGAGGAUGUGCCGGCGCAUUGUUUUUGGGUGACUAAGGCCCCAGCGCAGCCCAAGGAACUCCUCUACGCCUGGCGUCUUUUGGCGCAGUACGACAUGUUGCGGUACACCUGCCAAUUCUACCAGGCAUUCUCCCUUGAGACGCCGUUGAGCGAUUGCUCAGGGACAAUUAUGCUGGCGGCAAGCCAUAUUGAGGCAAUGACAUCGCGUCUGCUUGGCAUUGCAGCGGUGGACCCCGAUGACAGCUACCACAUCCUCUUCAAUGGCUGCGUCACGGUGUAUGAGAUGUGUCUUUAUAUGAUGCGGCGGGCGGGCGGGUGUGUGAACGAAGCCGUGCCGCACGUGCUUCAUCACAUUGCACUUUGCCUGGAAAUAUGUGAGUCCGCAGCGCUAAAGUUGGCGACAGUGCGGUACUUGCCGUGGCGUCUUCGCCUCUACGACUACCUCGCUGCCUGCUAUGAGCAGCAGGCGAUGUACAGUGAGGCGCUCACUGUGGUUCAGAGGGCGGCACAGAAGGUCCAGGAAUUGGUUGAUCUUGAGUUCCUCGAUCCGGUGCCACCGCCACAGGCCAGUCAGGACGUGAUGCUGCGCGCCAUGGACCACGUCUUUCUUAACCUGAUGCGGUAUACGUGGUACGUCAACAGCACGACGAAGGCCGGCGCCAGCAACGCCGCAAACGCAACGUCAGGAGGCGUGACGGAGAGUAUAUCAACGCUCAAGCAGCCUCAUUCGAUGUCUGCGGCGGCGCUAGGCGCCUCGACACCGCUGUGGUCGAUGAUGGAGGUCGUGCCCUCCAGUGGUCUUGAGUUGCUGGAUCGAGCCUGGCAGCUGCUACUCAAAGUGGCGCUGCCGAAGCGACCUGCGUCAACCACCGCUCUCACCACCUCACCAUCAGUGACGGGGAAGGGGGGGAAAUUCAAGGAACAGAAGGCAAAACAGAAGCAGCCGGCGCCAAAGGAGGAGGUUGUGAGCAAGGACCUUGUGGCGGGGCGGGUGUGGGAGUCGCUGCUGCGCUUUCUGCUGUCGCUGGCAACCGCCUCCCUGCCGCCUUCAGGGAGGGAGAGCCAAGAGACGAGUUCCCGCAGCAAGUUCCCCUGCACCAUCUCAGCGUCAUCCAUGGCGUCACUUAAACAGCUUCGUCGAUGGGCACUUGAGGCACUGGAGUUUGUCGUAAGCCGCGCAACUUCCACUUAUGUGCGGACGAAUCCAGAGGUGCUACAGCAGGGGUCACCCGAGGAAUUUGCGGCUGUGGAGGCGUGGUCCCAGUGGCAGGAACAGAAAAAGCAGCAGCAGGCAGCUGCUGCCAACGAGGCGGCAAACGAAAAGAAAAAUGGUGCAUCAAAGCGGCGGCCUAACCGAGCUCCAACUGUAGUUCAAUCAAGCAUCCCCGCUGAAGAGGAUGAGUCAUUCCUUGCCAGUAUCACACUAGAACGUUUACUGUGCAACCCUUCUACGCCGACCUUGACGAAGCCAAGUGUGCCAGGCGGUGGUGAUGCUGAAAAGGCUUUGUUCACGAAACAGCUUCACAUGGAACCCGUGAAUGAGGAGGCCUUGUUGUUCACGCUGCUACUGUACCGCGCGCUGUACAAUGGAGCGAAUGCGCAACUGUACGGCUGUUUAUGCACUUGCAGUGCUGCGUUCCUGCUGCAGCACUACAGGGAGCUGGAGGAGGAAGAAGAAGAAGAUGCAAGGCAGGGGAUGCACACAACAAUACACACCAGCCUCAAAAAAGUGGCACCACCGUCGAAGAAGAUGCUGCAGGUGCGGCUUCUUGACACGGUAGGUGUCUCCUUGCGCCUUCUACGACGAAUGCGGCGAGUGAGUUUGGGGGCAACAACGUGUAUUGGCGAUCUUGCCGCCAUGGCGCAGGAGUUAGAGCGACUUACCGAGUUGUACGCAGGCCCCGGCGGCACCAGUGUGAAUGCCAUUUUGCAGCAAAACAGGAAAGACACCCUCGUCGCUUCGGCGCUGCUGUCAUCCUUCUCAACUACGCCAAUGCUUGGCACCUCAACCGUGCUCUCUGUCAGCUUUGUUGCUGUCUAUCAAGGAAUUAUGGAGGAGUGUGCUGGUCUUCUUCAAGAACGUGCACGCGCCUUUGCGCCAUCCGCUCUGCUUUCCGCCUCUGCGGUAACGCCUUUUCCAACCAAUAUCGUUGGGACAAACAAAACCGUGUCACAUGGUGGUGGAGUGACGGAGGAGGGGGAAGAAGAAGAAUUGGAGGCGAUGGAUAUGUAUCAUAGGAUUGUUUGCGCCUACUUGGGGGCCAAGGUGAAGAGUGGACUGUCCGACGGAGUCAGCAUUGGUUAUCUCGUUCUGGCGUAUGUGCAGGAAGUGGAGGUGGAAUUUUCGAAUAGUCCCAAGAGUGCCAGUGGUGGUGGCGAGGCCAAUGGCGGGGAUGUUGGUUCAAAGGCUGCGGCGUCGUCUAAAGCAUCCCUCAGCAAGGACACUGGGGAUCGUAGCAAGCGAUUUCGUGUCUUGGAUGGACGUAUGCAUGCGCUGCGCAAGCAGUGCAAUCGAGCACGCAUGGCACUUGUUUCUCUUCGUAUGGCUCUUGGCUGCAUCGCACAGUCCUCGGCACCGCUGUCCGCGGAGAAACGGAGCCUGAAGGGGAGUGGCAGCCAAUUGGCUGCAUCAACGCGAGGGACCUCCGCGCAGGACACAAUUGGGGCGCAGGAAGGGGAAGAGGACGUGGUACGAAUCCGUCGGGAGCAGGAGAUACGCGACAUGAGGACCGAGUUGACCCGCUGGCUGGUCCAGCUGCGUUGGACCUUGGCCAUCCUUCGCCAACACUAUGCCGUGCUGGAGAAGCACAAGUCGGAGGCCAGGUUGGUGAUUGAGCGGCAGGCAAAUACGAAGGUGUACGGAGCCACCACGAUGAAGGAGGCCAACGUUCUUGAGUCUCUCCUCCAGGCGGAGUUGGAGAUGCCGCGAGUGUGCGAAGAUGAAAAAGGAAAGUUACUGGCCUGGGCCAGAGACGAAGGGGAUGAGCUUCUUCACGCUCUCAUUCUCAUGUGUCUUGCGCCGCAUGAGCCUCAGACGAAAACGCAACGUGAAAUGUUAGAAGGGGCAUUUCAUCUGUUGCAGCGUCAUGCGACCCGUCGUGGACAGUUUCAGUUAACCGGGUCAGGUACAAAGCCACAGAGCGAGAGUGCCUACUCCGCCUUUAUGGUCUUGUGCUACGCCAUAUCGACGUGUGGGAAAUUGGGCUUUAAUAACAUGACGGAGCGUGCAAAAGAUGCUCUGUACGCGGCCUUUUCGAAAAGUGACAAGGACGACGACGAGGCCUCAGACGGACAAAACGCAGCGGUGGAGGCCUCAACCACAACGGCGGCGUGUGAGUUGACGGACGACCCCAUCUCGAUGUUUUUGAUGCACAUCAACGAGGAGCUGCUUGCCGUGUCGUCCACACUGCAGCUUCAGACACUUGUCUCCGCACUCUUGUGGAUGUCGACGGUGGAGGCGCGUCGUAUUCCGUACCAUAAUUUUGACACGACGGGCCUUAUCCCGUUUAAUGGAAAAAGUUUCAUGAUGGAGGCGCCUUUUCAGCUGAGGUAUGGGCUUACAAAGUUACAGCUAUGGCAUAUGCGUAGCGCCUACCGAAUUCAGUUCGCCGUGAAUCUUGCAUCCCGGGUAGGGAAUAGUGGUCAGAUGCUACAGUGUGCCUUUGAGCUGUUUAAUACACUGCUUCCCUCGCUCACGGAUGAAAACUACUACCCGUUUUUGUUGCCCCCACUCGCCACACUCUGCGAGGCGUUGAUGCGGCAGCCGGCCUCCACCUGGGGUGAUGCACAUGUUCAGCUAUUGGCGGCCCGGACACUCGAUGCACUUCUUAAAACCGUGCAGAAGAUGUCUGCGGCAGGUCCCGAUGUGGAGUCUGCGGUUCGCGACGCUGCAGAGGUCUCGAAUAGUGCCACGGGUGGUUUAACAAUGAUGCCGGUAUCCAUUCAAGGGUGGUAUGACCUGUUCCUUCGCCUCUUUGCACGCGCGUGGGAAAACGUCUACAGUCAUCCUAACCCGAGGCAAGUGCGCUAUCAGGAAAGCCUGCGCCGGGGUGCGAGGAUCGUGCAGCGCGUGUUAUGCCUUGAUCAAGAUGGUGUAGAUGAGAAUACAACACCCUUUCCGCAUCCAUCCCUCAGUAUGUCUCGGAUGUCGAUAUCGAAGGCCAAAAGCCUGAGUGUUUCAGCAGCAGCGGUUGCAGCGGGCAAUACAGCGGUGCCACGGUUUCCAGGCGGGGCCUACGCUGUAACCGACACCAUUCUCGACGAUUGCGUCCCCAUUGAGUUUCUGGAGUUGCUGGGAGCCAUUCUCUUUACCGUGCCAGGCGGGACUGCGUUUCUCACUCAGUCAGCUGGCGCAAGAGCAGGGAAGUCCCCUGAGCGUUUGCGAUCGAUGCCGGCAGCUGAGGCGCUUAUGGGUGUUCCUUCGUGGUUGCUGGCUGUGGCGAAGGCGCUUACAGGCAAGACACCGUCGGCAGCCUUUGACCGCCUGCAGCAGGCAGUGGAUGACCCACUUUAUGCGAAGACCGCUGUGUACAUUGUGGAGCACCUGCUUCAGCAGGGCGACAUUGCGGCAGCACGUCGUGUGGCGACGGAGGCGCUACAAACCAUUGCGAAGUUGCACCAGCGUGUUCAAGACCACCAGCAGGCCGUGGUGGAGCACAUGACGACCUGGUUGGAGAACGAGGGGUACAUGCUGGUGACCCCGUCGCGGCUCAACAAGAAGCCCACACCGGAGGUUCCAUCGGCUAAGGGGAGACGCCAGAGGCGCAGGUCAGUUCCCAGGGGCAUUGCCACAGAAGCGGUACCGCCGGUGGGGCAACCAAACACUCCUUUCGCCGGUACCACCGGAAGACAGUGGACAACCUCGGAGCAGCAGAUGCUACGACAAUUGACACGGGGUGUCGCGUAUGUGCGGCGUCGGCAGGCGUUGCGUUGGCUGCGAGGUCGCAUUAUGCAGUUCAACGCACCGUAUCAGGCCCAGCUGCAUUUUUACCUCUCAGUGAUCGCCCAGUCCUCGUUGGAGCAGCGGCGACAACAACAAGCGCAGGAAGGCAAUUAUGCGGCAGCUCCCGUCACAAGCCAGCGACAAGGGCACAACAGGCUUAAGGCGCAUGGGGAGGAGACUGCCGCUGCGGCUGCUCUAACGCGAGCCGAGGAACUGAAGGCCGAAGUGAAAAAGGAAGAGGAAUGUUUUAUUCAACACGCAGCACGCUCAGCGUUAAUUUUCACCCGAUGCGGCUUUUGUUCGCGUGCAUUUGCAGUUAUCUCACAGACCAUUGACGGCUUGCGCAUGUUCGUGUGUGAGGAACCGCCUGAUAUGACGUUGGCCGACGAAGAGUUGCUGCCUCCCUGCCACGGGCCCCACAAUGUUACGCCGAGGCGGCGCCCGAGUGUCACUAGCCUCUCAUUCGAUUCUAUUUCUUUGUCCAACGUAAAUUCUAACACAAUGCAGAUGGUGGCUGCCAACGAAAAGUUGAUGGAAUGGGGACCGCGUGUUCUGCCACUCGCACGUGCGCUGCAGCGGGUGCUAUUUUUGCUUUGGUAUGGCUUUGUGGACUACCGCCGCGACAAGGAUUUUCUACACCCAGCCGCUGUGAAGGUUGGGCGAGACGUGCAGCUUGAGGAGCAGUUGCAUUUUCAGGGUCGGGUACCGUCGCUGCACUCGUACGCCUCCGCAGCUGGGCAGUAUGAGGAGGCGCGUCUGGCCCACCUUGCCGCUCUGAACUCCGCACGCCUGAUCCGGUCGUUUGAGUGGCGCACGCGUGAGGUGCAGGCUGCAGAGCAAAAGGGACGCGAGGAGGUGAACCUGCAGUGGCUGGCGGAGCUGCAUGAGUUGCUCGUGGGUCAAGUCUCAGCAGGAAUGGCGUCGAUGGGGCCGCAUGCCGCGGGGCUAGAAAAGACAAUUGCGAAGCUAGUGGAGCAAGCAGAAUCAAGGGUGCAGAAGCAGUCGUGGGCGAUGAUGCCAACAAAGGCGAAGAAGUCAUCGAGGAAGGCUGAGCUGUUGCAGGGAGAUGUGCCUGAGCCGAUACGAACAGGCAACGCCGAUGCCUCUGCACUAAUUGCACUGCGACUUGGCUCGACAAUUCCGGCGGAGAAAAUUGUAGAUAACCUCAUGUUUCUGCUGCGGUACAUGCAGGUGUGCCUUCAGCUUGUCUCGCUGGAGCUCUGCUUGGAGGUGCACACGUUGACCGACGGCUUCUUCGCCUAUGCCUUGCUGCCGUUUGCGCUCACCCUGCAACGCACCAUUGGUGCCGCGCGGGACGAGAAACUGCUGCAAGAGGACGCUCACCUGCGGCAAAAUGAGCCGAUGCACAAGCUGCUUGUGCGCAACGCCCGGCGGUCGUGGGACAUAUACACGACGACAGAGAGAUAUCGGCGUGUGUUGCAGCGCCUGGCGCGAACACUGUUGCCAUCGAGGCGAAAUCUCAAGGAACCCUUGGCAGUUGGCGCCUCCUUUGCUGACACUGACACCGCGUCGAGGGCGAGUCUGGAGACGCCGACCACCGCGAAAGAGGCGGUGGUUGGCGGAGGUGGACAGCAUCUGGCGUUGCGUGACGUCCUCUCCCGCUAUGAGGCGUCCACGACGUACCUGCAGCAACGACGUCUCUUUGGCCUACUUUCUGAGCAGCUGCACGAGGUAGGACGCAUCCACCUGCUGCACCGUCAGCGUGCGGAGGCGGAGCGGUGCUGGAUCGAGGCUGUGGACGCGGCGUUGGAGGUUCCAGACAGUCUCAAGCGUCCGCCUGAGACGUGGGCCAAACUCCCUGUCGCCACGAUUGGGCUUCCCCGUUUAUUACUUGCCAUCAUGUCAAUCAGCUCGCUCGCCAUGUACAUAUACCGUGAGCAGCAAGGGAAGGCCGUGGAUGCCUAUUUGCUGGCCGCACGCAUUCUUGAGCGCUUUUUUGAGCAGGGCACCACAAGUAAUUUUCCUCGUCGCCUGCGAGAGUUUGGGGGUUUUACGCUAGAGGAUCUCAUUGUUCUACCGCAGCUGGGUAAUUCCAUGCCUGCGCUAAUGCCGCAGGUGGUGCAUCACAUGCUCUUCCUUGCGUGGGAGCUGCUGCGGUUCAAGUUUCCCUUCUACGCCGCCAUGGUUGCCUCACUGACAGAGUAUUUUGCGCGGACACACAUGCGCCACGUCGCUUCCACCGUGGAGGCACGACUCGUGCAGGCGAUGGCGGCUGCCAAGUUUGGAAGCUACAAGGCCUCUAUGAAAAUAUUGCGAGGUGUGUGCCAAGGGGUUCGAAUUCCACGUGGGGCACUGGAUAGCACCGGGCUGCGGGUGCGGGCGCUGGUGGAGUGUGUUGAGGCCGUCAAACCCACGAAGAGCAAACGCGGGGAUGGAGGAGCGGCUUCCUCUAACCGACAGGCAGACCAGCAGCAUACAGAUCAACGGCAACAGGAGCAGCAGCAGCCGCAGCAACAACAACAACAAUAUGAAUCAUUGGAGGGCCUUUACAACGACGCCAAGCUUCCAUUGCAGGCCAGCAAUGUGGCGUGCAUACAGACCUUCUUGACGCAGUGUCUCGGGGCGGGAAGCGCGACAGCCCCAAAUGUGUGGACAUCACAAACGUCUUCGUCAACCAGCCCCAGUAUCCUAAGUGGUGGUGGCGGUGGCAGCGUGCUGCACGAGGCCGUGGUGUCAUGCUACGGUGUAUGCCUCUCGCAGCGUGUGGAGCUCACGAUUGCCGACGUGCUGGUGACGCUUGGCGCGAAGGAGGUUGCGUACGUGUGGAGUGCCUUCACGACGCAGUAUCAGCCUGUUUCGAGCGACCGACGCGGGGGUCGUCCAAGGAGCUCGCAACGGGUGUAUCUACACGGAUUUGCUAACUCUGCGUGCCUUGAAGCCUUGAACGCCGCGGAGCAGAUACUGCAAUCGCUCUUAGCCAGGCUACAGGAGAAGGGGGCUAGCACAGCCACAAAGGAUGCGUCUUUUAAGCGGAGCACGGGGCAAGAUAAUAUGGCCGCCUUCGUGCCAGAGAACACGCAGUCAAAACGCGGUCAACAGGUGGAGGGGAACUAUUUGCGCUACAACUCAUUGUUGCUGCUUGCCAGAAUUUAUACCGCGCGCGGGGAUUCUUCCAAGGCGUUGGCGAUGCUGCGGUGGCUCGUGUCAAAUUUCAAUGAGAAUUUGGGGGGUCAUUCCCCCACUGUCGCAGCCACAGGCGCACCCUCAUACCUAUGGACCGUGGCAACGCACAUCUUUUGGUGCGACGUCUACGAGCUCAUGCUGCUGAACCAUGUGCGGCUUCGCGAAUACAUGGCGGCGCAGCAGGUGAUACGUGAGGCGAUUACCCUGUGUGAGCACUGCGGUGAUACCUGCAGUGGGCGUGUGUUUUCACUCUACGACGCUGCCAUUAAGGCGAGCACAGGCGCCGCCGCAGACGCCAGAGAGACACUUUGCGUCUUGCAGAAGAUGUCCCACACCGUAGGAUCCGACAACCGCAUUGACAUGUUACACGCCUGGGCGGUUGUGGCAGCGGAAUCCUUGCGACGCGUGUUGCAUGAGGGAGGGCAGGGGCAAGGGGAGACAUCCGCCGCCCCCUGCGCGUCUGCGUCAUUGGUCGAAUCUUUGGAGACGCUGGAAACAGCCGUGCGGGCACUGCGAGAGUACUGCGAAAUGUACGGCUUGCUCCCCGGCAGUGUGCCUCUACUAGAAACUAGGCGGCUGCCCGCACUCACAGAGGCUUCUCUGCGGCGGCGGCGGCGCCCCUUCGUGGCGUGGAAUGUGGAAGCAGUCUUCCUACAUCGUGCGUUAAACCUGCUGGCAGAGGCAUACAUGCGUGUAGGCAAGUUGGAGCAUGCAGAGGGAGUACUGCAGCAUGCCAUUGCCACCCUCGCCCCGCAAUAUGACAUCACAGCCCACCCCACACCACUAAUCGAGAGCCGCUUCAUGCUGGCACGCGUUCUGUGCCUUCUUAGGCCAUCGCUGCUAACCGAGCAGCAGCCGUCUGCGAAGCAUGUGAGUGACACCGUCUACUCUGAAGAGCUCAAUGAAGCAGAGGUGUUAAACAUGUUAGAUCCGCCACGACAGCGGCCAGUACGACUCUUGAUGGAUGUUGCGGAGCAAGUAGUGGUGAGUGGCACCCACGACUAUAACAUUUUGCGUCUGGCGCUGUUGAACUUAGCGGUGCUUCUGACACGCGCAGACCGGGCGUUUCACCUCAUGGCCGCCACCUGCGUAAUUUUGGCAAAGUUUGUAGGGGACAUGAACUUUCACGUAUUCAGCGGCACCAGCGUCUUCUCCCUUUACGGUGAGGAUAACCUUCAGCUUGGGACGGAUUUGAUGUUCCCCGAGAGUGUCACCGCCGUCAUUGAAUCCAUGCAGCGUAGUUUGGGCAACGUCGCCGAAAAGGAUGUCAGCAGCGGCGGGGUUGUUUCGGGAACCGCAUCUCCAAACUUGUCGUCGGAGCAGCGACGAUCUCCCUCCCGCUUCCGUGAGGAGAAGGAUGAGUCUGCGCAAAAGAACACCAUCGCACUUCCAGUGUUAAUCGCUGCCUUUGCCUCCCUGCAUCUGGAGAGAGCGAUGCAGUGCGUGUUUCCACCGCCGGAGUCACUUGACCUCGAAACGGCUCUGCGACUUGUGCGCAAGUACCUGCAGGUAAAGACAUCCCCACUUGGCGGUUAUUACCUUUGGUACGACGAUGUCACACGUGAAGCAUACAUUAGACAGCAGCAGCAGCAGCAGCAGCAUGGACAAGGACAAGGACGUCCUGGUGAGGGUGCUCGUGCACAGCGUGGUUCUUUUGCAGGCGCCGAUGUGGGCGGGGCAGGCAUCUCGCUGCUCCCACCUAUUGUUGUGGAUGAGCUACCGCCACUGCUUGCCACCGCUACUAUCAUGCAGCUUGGGAUACCGAAAGUGAACGUGGUGCUCUGUCAAUCCUUUAUGCGUGAUGUCAACGGGAACUUCGCCGGUAAGCUUAAUGCGCUGCCGAUUCGGAGUGGGGCAAGCCAAGCGCGUGGUGCAUCAUCCUCCAUAUCCAUCUGUGCAGAAAAUACAGCAGUAGACAACUCCCAGCUGAAGCUCACAUUUGUCCUUUUUGUGUCACCCGUCUACGACCCGAGCGCAACACACUCCCCUCCCAUCAGCGACAAGGUCCAGCACCUCCCGAACAAAAAGGCGCUGCGCCCAGGGGCGAAGCCCGCAACAGGUGCGAAUGACGCAAAAAAUCUCAGUGUCUCAACGCCCAUUGUCCACCCGUGGAAUGGCACACGAUGCGUGACGUUUGAGCUACCAAUGGAGGAGCUGCAGACACUGUUCGCACAGGCCGUGCAAACAUUGCAGUUGAUGCAGAAUCCCUCCGCAGCGGUCGUAGUGGCUGGGGCAGAGGGUGGAGAGGAAGUGGAGGUGCCUGUAGAGGCUGCCUUGUCGCAGAAGCUGAACGAGGCCAUGGUGCUCUUGACAGCCAAGACGGUACUGCCCACCGGCGGCAGAAAGGUCCCACGCACCGGAGCAGCCUUGGAGUUUCAGCUCCACAGUCCGCUGGGCGCGACUUCGAGCGGCGCGUCUACCGCGAGGCAGGGCGGGAUUGCUGGUCGGCUGGAGAGCGGUGCGAUGGCCGCCCAUGACGCCGCCGUGGCGGACGUCGCGGGUGAGGUACCGGUCGUGGAUGAGGCGAAGUCGAAGCUCGUCACCGGCUUCAUCGAGUCGCUCGUUCGAUCCGUCAUCCCGCGCGCUGUCACGGACGAUGAACUGAUGGAACGCUGCGUCGACUCGCUUCUUCCCCGCUGCGCCGUCUCUGUGGAGGUGGUGCGCUUUCUGCAGACGAUGAUGGCUGGUGACGGCGGGAGCCUCUCACUCUUCCACCCGGGUCUUCACGAAUGGUUUGCCCGCGUGGCAAAGUUUGUGGCAGAGCACGCCUAA